CCCAGUUCGGACGUCCGACACACCGAGACGUCAGAAGGAAGCUGGGCAGAGACAGUGCGCAGACAGCCAGGUCGCUGGCAACAUGGACAGGCCACUGCUGUGCAUGGCUUUCCUCUGGGCUGUGGCCCUUCCAGGUACCCUUGGUAGAAACAUGGAGGAGAAACUCAUCCACUACCUUUUCAAGGAGAAAGGCUACGACAAGAAUCUGCGGCCUGUGAUGUCCAAGGAGGAGAGCGUCUCCAUCAAGCUGGCACUGACCCUCUCCAACCUUGUUUCCCUGAAAGAAGCUGAAGAAACUCUCACCACUAAUGUCUGGAUUGAACAUGGCUGGACUGACUACAGGCUGCAGUGGAACCAGACAGAAUUUGGUAACAUCGAGGUCCUCCGUCUCCCACCAGACAUGCUAUGGCUGCCUCAAAUAGUCCUGGAGAACAACAAUGAUGGUAAUUUUGAGAUCACCUACAAUGCCAACAUACUGCUGUCCAUGGACGGUUCGGUGUAUUGGCUCCCGCCUGCCAUCUUCCGUAGCGCCUGUCCCAUCAACGUCGACUUCUUUCCGUUUGACUGGCAGAAUUGCACCUUGAAGUUCAACUCCUUGAUGUACAAUGCCAACGAGAUCAACUUGGAGGUCAAGACAGAAAAAGAGUUGGAGGAGCAAAUGGAGGGGGAAGAAAAGAAGCCCUCCAAAUCUUAUCUGGUGGAAUGGAUCGUCAUUGACCCAGAAGGCUUCACCGAGAAUGGCGAAUGGGAGAUCAUUCACAGACCAGCCCGCAAGAACAUUGACCCAAGUUUCCCUCGGGACAGCAACAAGCACCAAGACAUCACCUUCUACCUCAUCAUCAAGCGGAAGCCCCUCUUCUACAUCAUCAACAUUGUCACCCCCUGCAUCCUCAUUGCCUUCAUGACCAUCCUGGUCUUCUACCUGCCUGCUGACAGUGGGGAGAAGGUGACCAUGGCUAUCUCCAUCCUGUUGGCUCAGUCUGUCUUCCUGCUGCUGAUCUCCCAGCGUCUGCCAGCCACCUCCUUUGCCAUCCCUCUCAUUGGCAAGUACCUGCUGUUUGUUAUGCUACUUGUUACAGCAGUUGGCGUGUUGUGCGUCGUGGAGCUGAAUGUCCAUUUUCGAACACCUAGCACCCACAGGCUUUCCAGUUGGACCAAAGAGUUCUUUCUGGAGACCCUUCCUCGCCUCUUGCACAUGUCCCAGCCGGAUGACAGUGAGCCUGAGCCCCGGGAUGGCCUGCUGAUCCGACGUAGCAGCUCCGUUGGCUAUAUAACCAAGGCAGAGGAAUAUUUCACCGUCAAGUCCCGCAGUGAGCUCAUGUUUGAGAAGCAGUCAGAGAGACAUGGCUUGGCCAGCCGGAUCACGCCUGCAAGGCCAAACCCCCAUGGGACCGAUGGCCUGGAGGAACAGCUCUACAAUGAGAUCAAGCCAGCAAUUACAGGAGCCAACUACAUUGUGAAGCACAUGCGGGACAAGAAUGACUGCAGUGAGGAGAAAGACAACUGGAACCGCAUUGCUCGCACGGUGGACUACAUUUGCUUCCUCCUGGUCACACCAGUCCUGAGCCUUGGCACCUUGUGGAUUUUCAUGAUGGGGUACUACAACCACCCUCCGCCCCUGCCCUUUGAGGGGGAUCCUUUCGACUACCGCGAAGAACACAGACGCUACAUUUAGAAAGUCAAGACCUCGACUCAUGAGCACCUGCAUCCCUUCUCCUUACCUGUGAAAUGGGACUGUGGCUGGCAGCUGCUUUUCCUAACCACCCCACCCACAAAAGUUUAUUUGGAGUGUAACUUAUUCCUCCUUUUCUGUGUGCUGUAAUAAAUACUAUCUUUCCCAAGUGGAGGAUCCUGGAAUACAAUCUUGAUGGGACAACGUAUGAAAGCACAGGCAAUGUAAUGAUAUAAUGGACAGCAGAGAGGCAGAAGUUGGGACAUCGGCAGUUUAUCCCGUGAAUGCCCUGCAAAAAUUGCGUAAUUACGCAAAACGAUUUCACACAACGUUGCACAAAACCUGCCAUUAAAGUGGUCACAUGC